UCGAACGUAACUUGGCAAAUUUUGGUCUUAUCCAUAUCAUCAUGCGCGCAGCGCGUGCUUGUUCUUGACUGGACGAGUGACGAGAACUUUUAAGAGACAGAGAGACGGAUAUGGCGGGAGGCCUGAGCUUCCUCUGCAAUAUUUCCGGCGCCCCAAGCCCGUUACUCUCGUCACCGACCAACAAUUCUCUCUCGCUCAAUGCUCCUUCGAAACGCCGUUGGAUCAAGGCAGAAAUCCAAGAAAUCAGGGUGUGCACGAACCGGACAUGCCGCAGACAAGGCUCCCUUCAAACCCUGGAAACUCUCUCGGGUCUGGCUCCCCCAAACAUCACCGUCAAGUCCUCUGGCUGCUUGGGCCGCUGCGGCGCUGGCCCAAACCUCGUGGCUCUACCCGGAAACGGCGUAGUCGGGCACUGUGGGACGGCGGCUCGAGCCGCCCAGGUCAUGGUCGGAUUAUUGCUUCGUGGUCAUGAUUCGGACAACACCGCUGCCAAAACUGGCUUGGAAAUGCUUGCACUAAGGAAGAGAGCACAGAAUGAGUUGGACGAUGGUAAUUUCUCCCAGGCUGAGUUACUGCUCUCACAGGCUAUAAAGUUAGAACCAUUUGGUGGUAUUCAUAUUCUGUACAAAGACAGAUCUAGGGCAAGGUUAGCAUUGGGAAAUUAUUCUGGGGCUCUUGAAGAUGCCACAGAAGCUUUGACAUUUGCUCCUCAGUACCCUGAGGCUUAUAUCUGUCAAGGCGAUGCUUUCUUGGUUAUGGACCAAUUUGAUUCAGCUGAGAAGUCAUAUUUAACAUCUUUGCAGAUAGAUCCUUCCAUUCGUCGUUCCAAAUCAUUUAAGGCUCGGAUUGCAAAGCUUGAGGAGAAACUUGCUGCGGCUAAUAUGCCUUGAGAUCUUCCUAUGACUGAAUUCACAUUUGAAUCAACAGCAAUACUAAGCACAUAAACAAGAUAAACAAACUGGAGAGGCAUGUUGCUCUUGCCUGCCAUUUGUAUGUACAAAGUGCAUAUUUAUGCAUGUAUGUAUAUAUGCGGCUUCACCGUUUUAGCAGUUCUGUACUUACCAAGGAUGUCAUCAACAUGAAAUUCCUUUUCCUGAGCUCUGUUGGUGGAAUCAGUGGAGUUUCCAGCCAUUGCUAUCUCCACAUGACUGUCGUUCUUCUUGCAUUAAGCAUGAUAAUGGAGGGGGGGCCUGCAGAAUAUGAUCGUACUGGAGUAAUAGGAGGUUAGAAUUGUUCAUUUUCGCUUUGCCUUUGAUUUUUUUCUUGAAACUCAAUUGCUGACAUUGCGAUGAUCUGUUUAGAGCGUUAUGGAAAAUGUAAAAAGUGUUAUUAGCAACACAUCACUAAUGUGAUUGGGAGGCUCACAAUUUUCUGGUAUGAUCUGAUUACCUAAGCUAAUCUUUGCAAAUUAUGUUAGGCUUGUUAUAAUUAGUAUGUAUAUCUAUCCUAGAAUGGUUUUGUAGUCAAAUUUAAUAAGGUAUUUAUCUAUUAUUCAAUGAUCUAGACAUAAUUGAGUUCUCUUUUA